GGGAGGCGUCCAUGGCCGGGUCCUUGAAGUUGGCGUGGGCUUCCUUUCAGCGUCAGAGGUUCCACACCACUGGGAGUUGCUACAAGGGCCGGACCGGCGCUGAACACCUGUGGCUGACGCGGCAUUUGAGGGACCCGUUUGUGAAGGCUGCGAAAGUGGAGAGUUACAGGUGUCGAAGUGCCUUCAAGCUCCUGGAGAUGAACGAGAGGCACCAGAUCCUGCGGCCCGGCCUCCGGGUGCUAGACUGUGGGGCCGCUCCGGGCGCGUGGAGCCAGGUGGCUGUGCAGCGCGUCAACGCUGCAGGCACAGAUCCCAGUGCUCCUGUUGGCUUUGUGCUUGGGGUAGAUCUCCUUCACAUAUUCCCCCUAGAAGGAGCAACUUUUCUGUGCCCUGCUGAUGUGACGGACCCAAGAACCUUCCAGAGAAUCCAAGAACUGCUUCCUGCUGGGAGAGCAGAUGUGAUUCUGAGUGACAUGGCACCCAACGCCACAGGGAUCCGGGCCCUCGACCACGACAGGCUCAUUAGCUUGUGCUUGUCCCUUCUGGACAUGGCUCCAGAAGUCCUGUGCCCUGGGGGAACAUUCCUUUGUAAAACCUGGGCUGGAAGUCAAAGCCAUCUGUUGCAGAAGAGACUGACAGAGGAAUUCCAGAAAACAAAGACUGUAAAACUUGAAGCCAGCCGGAAAGAAUCCUCAGAGGUGUACUUCUUGGCCACACAGUACCGAAGAGGGAAGAGGGGAGGUCUGUGAAGGGCUGAGAGCGUCUUCUGCUGUUUCUGGUUCUUUUUCACUGCAAGUGUGUCUUGAGCUCUUUCCUGAAGUGUGGGUGGGGAGAGCCGAGCUUGAUCUGGGAUGCAGCAAGCAGAUGGGGGACUUUUUUUUUUUUAAACCAAAAAGAUAGGACAAAACUGUAUUGUGUCCAUGAUAUAUGAUAAAACAGUCUCUAUAACAUGAUCUGUGAAGAGAAAGUUACUGUAAGAUAUUGAUAGGCAAAGAUAGAAGGAUGAAAAGACAGACUGAGGGAAGGAUAAAAACACUCUGAGGCAGAGAAACAUGCGCACAGACACACACACACACACACAGACACGUCCUGUAACCUCAUCUUACCCACGGAUAGUAUGUUACAGAGAAACAGGCCUCCGCCAUUGCUCCAGAACAACCCGCAGGUUUCCUGGUGUAAUUUCGGCUCUACAGGGUGAUGCAGAAAAAUCCGAAGUUUUGUCUGGGGAUUUGUUUCCAUCUCUCUGGUGAAUGAUCUGGAAAUACAUGCAUUCUUCAAGCAGUGAGGGCUCCCAGGACAAUUAGGGAAGACAUUUGGCAUGAAUCAUGC